AUGAAUGAGUGUUUUCGCCUUUUCUGUUCCUUGUGGCUCCUUGAAUCUACAUCACGUCACUUCUUCGUCACUUUUCUCAAUUCCUUCCCUGACCGUAACUUCUUUCUCACUUUUCUCAAUUCCCUCCCUGUCCGUCUCUUCUUCCUCACUUUUCUUAAUUCCUUCCCUGAUCGUCUCUUCUUCCUCACUUUUCUCAAUUCCUUCCCUGUCCGUCUCUUCUUCCUCACUUUUCUCAAUUCCUUCCCUGUCCGUCUCUUCUUCCUCACUUUUCUCAAUUCCUUCCCUGUCCGUCUCUUCUUCCUCACUUUCUCAAUUCCUUCCCUGUCCGUCUCUUCUUCCUCACUUUUCUUAAUUCCUUCCCUGACCGUCUCUUCUUCCUCACUUUUCUCAAUUCCUUCCCUGUCCGUCUCUUCUUCAUCACUUUUCUCAAUUCCUUCCCCGACCGUCUCUUCUUCCUCACUUUUCUCAAUUCCUUCCCCGACCAUCUCUUCUUCCUCACUUUUCUCAAUUCCUUCCCCGACCGUCUCUUCUUCCUCACUUUUCUCAAUUCCUUCCCUGUCCGUCUCUUCUUUCUCACUUUUCUCAAUUCCUUCCCUGUCCGUCUCUUCUUCCCUCACUUUUCUCAAUUCCUUCCCUGUCCGUCUCUUCUUCCUCACUUUUCUCAAUUCCUUCCCUGUCCGUCUCUUCUUCCUCACUUUUCUCAAUUCCUUCCCUGUCCGUCUCUUCUUCCUCACUUUUCUCAAUUCCUUCCCUGUCCGUCUCUUCUUCCUCACUUUUCUCAAUUCCUUCCCCGACCGUCUCUUCUUCAUCACUUUUCUCAAUUCCUUUCCCGUCCGUCUCUUCUUCAUCACUUUUCUCAAUUCCUUUCCCGUCCGUCUCUUCUUUCUCACUUUUCUCAAUUCCUUCCCUGUCCGUCUCUUCUUCCUCACUUUUCUCAAUUCCUUCCCUGACCAUCUCUUCUUCCUCACUUUUCUCAAUUCCUUCCCUGUCUGUCUCUUCUUCCUCACUUUUCUCAAUUCCUUCCCUGUCCGUCUCUUCUUCCUCACUUUUCUCAAUUCCUUCCCUGUCCGUCUCUUCUUCAUCACUUUUCUCAAUUCCUUCCCUGACCGUCUCUUCUUUCUCACUUUUCUCAAUUUCUAUUAUGAUAUAGAUCUUUUUCCUUUUCUUUUUCCUUCUUUACUCUAUCUUUUUCUUCUCUUUCUUCUGUUGUUUUCUUUUUUCCCUUUCAUUUUUCCUUCUCAUUUUCUCUUCAUUUUUUCUUUUUUCUUUCACUUUUUCUUUUUUCACUUUCCUUUUUUCUUUCUCUUUCUCACUAUUACUUUUUCUUUAUCCAUUUCAUCUCUAUGCAAAAAGUAUGAACAAUACACUUGA